UUAAAGUGGCAGGUCAUGAACGAUAUGACAGAAGUUGGAAAAGAUAAAUUUGGGUUUAUUCAUGGACAUGUUGAGCAUCAAGAAUUGCAUGUCCCUCCUUUAGAACAAUUGUGCAAAGUGUUGACCUUGGCUUUGAAGGAAAAUUUUAGAGAGGCAGUUGCAAGAGUUGUUAACUGUCCAGAUCUUACCAAAAAACCAUGGAAUCUUGCAGCUCCAGGCAUGUGCGGUAAUCCAAGGCUUUCAAUUGUUGGCGGUGUGCCUUAUUUGAUUCCCAUUCCAAAUUUAUCAAAGGUCUAUAGUUUUGAUGUAGUUGCAAAGCAAGCAGAAAUGCCAAAUGGAUUCUUAAUGGGUCCAGGUGCUGGAAGUAGUCGGGCAAUUGGAAUCAAUUGUGAGAUGAUGGCAAAUCUGAAACUUGAUCCCGAAGUAAUCCGAUCAAAGAUGGCUAAAGUCAACCCCAAGGAUGAUUCGGCAGAACUUCACAAUUACAACGAAAAGGAAUUUGCUUUAUUAGCCGAUUUACUCAUAUCUGAUGGCAAACGGGGCGAGGUCGUUGAAGUCGUGGCAAAGUCGCGCAAAGGUCAUCAUGAUUUCGUGUCGUGUAUGCGUCAGGCAAUUGAACAAUUUUACGGUAAUAUUAAAACAGUUGGAAUGGGCGGAGUUUUUUGCAUCGAGUCGGGAAAAGCAAGAUUACACGUCAUGCCAGCAUACAGCAAAGACGCGUUACAAAGCGAUAAAAUGGUCGAAGAAUGGUUGAACUUUUAUGCAAUGGAUGCGCCUUUAGUAUGUCUCAGUGUAUUUAUAUCCAACGAUCCGGGUUUGGAUAUACGACUUCAGCACACGCACUGUUUUAGUGAUCAUGGACAGGGGGGUCAUUAUCACGAGGAUAUAACACCGGAGGAAGUCAUCUAUCACGGAUACUUUGUGCCGGCCGAGUACAUAUACCGUAUAGAUCGGCCAGCAUCAACGCAUUUGAUUGGACGCGACUGAGAAAAGUUGUAUGAAUUACUCUCUAGUGGCUCGUCAGAUUACCAAAGUCGAGGUUUUAUUGAAGAUUAUAACAGAGAAAGGUUUGGGGAGAGUUUCAUCAAUCUGCACAACAGUGGGCAGAAAAUAUCAGUUCAAGAGGAGUUUGUAACGUAAAACUUAUCCAUUGGUUUUAGUACUGAAAAACUCUAAUUUUGUACGUUUUUCUUAAUUAAUACAUACUUCGAUUCUACACCCGCAAGUUUUUUUUUGAACACCAAGUUUUUUGUUACACUUUCACGUCAUUAACAAUGGCUAAACGAGAAAAUAAAUUGAAUAUUUGGACCGAA